AUGGGCAGCCGAAAAAAUAUUCUCUACUUGUUCGAUGUGGAUGGAACGUUGACGAAGCCGCGGCAGCGUAUUUCAGAGGAACUAAAAACCUUUUUACUUAAUGAAGUAAAAACCCGCGUAAAGGUGGGAUUAGUUAGCGGCUCAGAUUAUAGCAAAAUUGUGGAGCAAAUGGAUGGAGAAGAGAUAACGAAUCAAUUUGACUAUGUUUUUUGUGAAAACGGCGUUGUUCAAUAUCAACAAGGGCAACUGAAAAGUACCGAAAGUAUCUUGAAUUAUAUUGGUGAACAAACUCUUCAGAGGGUUAUAAACUUUGCCCUUGGUUACAUGUCUCAAUUGGAACUGCCAUCUAAGAGAGGGAACUUUGUGGAAUUUCGAUCAAGUAUGCUGAACAUAUGCCCAGUUGGUCGAUCCUGUAGCCAGUCUGAAAGAGAAGAAUUUUCGAAAUUUGACAUGCAGCACGGGAUCAGAGCAAAGUUUGUUGAAGCUCUUCAAAAUGAAUUUAAAGAUUCUAAAUUAACGUUUGCUUUGGGAGGGCAAAUCAGUGUUGAUGUGUUUCCAACUGGAUGGGAUAAAACAUACUGCCUCACUCAUGUAGCUGAUGAAAAAUUUACUGAAAUUCACUUCUUUGGAGAUAAAACCACAAUAGGUGGCAAUGACUAUGAAAUAUAUAAUGAUGACAGAACAAUUGGUCACAAAGUUACAUCACCUGAAGAUACCAAAGAACAAUUAAAAAAGUGGCUUAAUAUUGAAUAA